UUUAGAAUAAUAUUUUUCACAAUUUUGUGGGUUUUUUUUGUUUGUUUUCACAAUUUACACACCAUCGCCAACGCUAAAAUGCUUUACCAAAGAACGCAUGCUUGAUGCGACCGAUUUAUUAAAACGCUCCUCAUGCACUUGACUGUGACUUAAAUGGUGAGCCGUAAAGCCGAAAAUGAAUAUCAAUUAUUUGUCAACAAUGACAAAACAGACGAUCUGAGUAUAAAUGCCGACCGUCGAACCGAAGAACCACAUUCAGUGUUUAACAUUUGUUUAAUACAGACAGAACAAAAUAAUUCAAAAAAUGGCCAUCAAGUUGGUGAUCGCUCUCGCUCUUUUCGCUGUUGUGAACGCCGGCGUUGUGGUGCCCGGCGCUGCCCCCGUUGCUGUUGCACCCGCCGCCGUUGCUGUCGAGGAAUAUGACCCACAUCCACAAUACAAAUACGGUUACGAUGUGCAAGACACGCUGUCUGGCGAUUCCAAAGGCCAUGUGGAGGAACGUGAUGGCGAUGUAGUGCGUGGCGAAUACUCUCUGAUCGAUUCUGAUGGUUUCAGACGCAUUGUCACCUACACAGCCGAUCCAAUCAACGGUUUCAAUGCCGUCGUGCGUCGUGAACCCUUGGUUGCCCCUGUCGUUGCUGCGGCUCCCAUUGUAAAGGCUGCUCCAGUCGUCGCAGCCCCGGUUGCCGCUGCACCCUUUGUUAGAGCCGCUCCAUUAGCCGCCGCAGCGCCAGUAGUACCUGCUUUUACCUACAGCCGUUUGUAAAAUGUCGGAAUCUAUGUUGAGAAUAUUGUUGUAUUACUCUUUGAUUAAUUAUUUAGCUACUGUACGAAAAUAUGUGAUCUUAAUAUAAUUUGAGGAAAAAA